CUCGCUCGUAUAAGAAUCAAGAACCCACCUGUAAAUCGCAACCACCACGCCUGCGCGCGCGGAGCCCCGAUCCCGCAGGCCCCCUCGCGCCCGUCCCCGCUAAGCCCCAACCACUCGUCUGCGAGAACUCGCGAGCGGGCCCGGCAAUGGCGUCCCGCGUCAAGUUCGAGAAGUCGUGCGAGGUGGGCGUCUUCGCGAGGCUCACCAACGCCUACUGCAUCGUCCCGGCCGGCGGCGGCUCCCAGAAUUUCUACAGUGUUCUUGAGGCCGAGCUCGCCGGCGGCGUCCCGGUCGUCAGGGCAUCCAUCGGCGGCACCAGGAUCGUCGGGAGGCUGUGCGUCGGUAACAAGAGAGGGCUUCUUCUGCCCCAUACCAUCACCGACCAAGAGUUCCAGCAUCUGAAGAACAACCUGCCUGAUCAGGUGGAAAUCCGUCGCGUCGAAGAGCGCCUUUCCGCCCUGGGAAACUGCAUUGCUUGCAACGACCAUGUUGCUCUCGCACAUCCAGACCUGGACAAGGAAACUGAAGAGGCCAUCUCAGAUGUUCUCGGGGUAGAAGUGUUCAGGCAAACGAUUGCAGGGAACAUCCUGGUUGGGAGCUACUGCACCUUCACGAACGAAGGAGGCCUUGUUCACCCGCAGACGUCGGUCGAGGACCUGGACGAGCUCUCGACGCUGCUGCAGGUACCCCUCGUCGGCGGCACCAUCAACAGGGGGAGCGAGGUCGUCUCAGCCGGCAUGGCAGCCAACGACUGGACGGCGUUCUGCGGCUCGGACACCACGGCGACCGAGGUUUCGGUGGUUGAGAGCGUGUUCAGGCUGAGGGACCCUCGGCUCGGGGCGCUUGGUUCCGACCUGAAGAACUCUAUGGUUCAGGAUUACUAUUAGGACCUUGGACUUUGCCUGUUUGUCAAAGGGCAAGGCAAAGAUUCUGCAGAGUUAUGUCACUGAGGAUUUUGAUCAGAUUGAUCAAGCUGUUAGCAUCUCAAUUGCUUUAUCCCAAUUCCAAAGUACUACUUGUAUAAUUAAUACUGUCCGGCUUAAGAAUGUUUUGCCUACCAUUGCCUUGUUAGAUAACUCCGUUCACGCUUCA